AUGUCAUCCUUUCUCACGCCAGCCAAAAAGGCUGGUAGCGGGCCUGCCAAGCCUCGCUUUGCAAGGCCGAAUCCGGUACGGGCUAUGCGCGAACGCGAAGAGCGUCGCCAGGCGAGCACGGCUUCCGUCCACGAGAGCUCACGCGUCACCACCCAUGGGGCUCGCACAAACAUACCCGGCCUGGCUGUCCCAGCGCGCCAGCAGUGUCCGAACAAGGCCUGUCCCAAGCCCAAUGUCGUCGACGGCACGUGCCAGACCUGUGGCCGCAUCGCCGACGACAGUAACAUCGUCGCCGAGGUGCAAUUUGGCGAGACAUCUUCUGGUGCUGCCAUGGUCCAGGGUUCCUUUAUUGGUGCUGACCAGGCUGGUGUCCGCAGUAUGGGCCCGGCUUUCAGGCGCGUCGGCGGCACUGAGGAUCGGGAGAAGAGCAUCCGUGAGGCCAAGAGUCUGAUGCAGGGAUACGCACAGCAGCUUAAUGUCAGUGAUAGCUUCGUCACGGCCGGAUCACAGGUCUUCAAGCUGGCAUCCAGUGCCAAUUUCAUUCAGGGCCGCACUCUUGCCAGCGUGGCCGCAGUCUGCCUCUACGCCGCUUGCCGUGCCGAACCCCCCUGCAAGGUCAUGCUCAUCGACCUGGCAGACCUGGUACAGCUCAACGUCUUCAAGCUGGGUCGCAUCUUUAAGAAGCUGAACGAGGUGGUUCCCAUCGGAAAUGACGGCCUCAUUCCUGUGUAUCCCGAGGACCUGAUUUGGAGGUUCGCCACCAAGAUGGAGUUCCACCAGGACACUGCCCGCGUGGCCGAGGAUGCCGUGCGCCUAGUCAAGCGCAUGAGCCGUGACUGGAUGGUCAUGGGUCGUCGUCCCUCAGGUAUCUGCGGUGCCUGCCUGCUCAUGGCUGCCCGCAUGCACAAUUUUCGCCGCACCGUCCGUGAAGUUGUCUACAUUGUCAAAGUCACCAACCACACUAUUCAGAACCGUCUGGCUGAAUUCAAGUUUACUGAGUCGAGUGAAAUGACGGUUGAGGAUUUCCUCAAGCAGGACUUUCUCGAGAGUUCACACGAUCCUCCCUCAUUCUACAAAAGCAUAGAAGACAGGAAGACAACUGAUGGAAACACACGGAAGCGGAAGCGCAGUGAGGGUGCCACCGAGGACGAAGAAGAUAACAGGGAAGAAGACGAGCAAAACAACGAUGCUGGGUCUGCGCCAAGAGCUCAAAGGAGAGCCUCAGCUAUUCUCGGAGCCGACACAUCUAAGGCGCCUUCCGUCAGCUACAGCCGAGAUGCAGAUGGCUUCAUCAUUCCGCCAUUGCCUUCACAAAUUCCCCGAGAAAAUGACACUACCACUCAAGCAGGCGGCGACAAUGAUGUCAGUGAGGAGGGCUUAGAGCGUCUUGCCGAAGAGUUCGGAGACGAAAUGGAGCGAGAUGGAGAUGGGCAGUCCGAGACAACCCGGGCCGGCCGGGGUGGAAAAGGUCGUCCGAAACCGCAACUCCCUAUCAAUGAAGAAUGGGAGGAGGAUGAGCAGGAGCUUGAAGGUCAGAUUGAAGAAAUCUUCAACGAUCCUCUGACCUAUGAGCAUGCCCUGGCCUACUCCAACGCAGAGCAACGAGCGCGUAUCCAUUCCCAGUGGGCCCUCCUCCAGCGGCCACAAAAGGAAGUUUCCAUGUCGGUGGACAUUGACGAGGAUGAAUUCGCCGAUGAUCCCGAGGUGGCCAACUGUCUCCUAUCUCCCGACGAGGCCCGCAUCAAGGAGACCAUCUGGGUCAACCAGAAUAAGGAGUGGCUCCGACAGCACCAAGAAAAAGUCUUUCGACGAAAAGUCGAGGCCGAGCGGCCCAAGCAGAUCCGCCGGAGACGCAAGCGCGCCCGCAUGGGUGAGGGCCAGACCAGUCCCGCCAGCUCAGCCGCCGAGGCCGCCAUCAAUGUAGCUAAGGAUCGUGCCUGGUCCAAGCGCAUCAACUACGACGCCAUUCGCAAUAUCUUCGACGCCCCCAAUGCCGACGGCCUGGGUUCUGAGACCACGAGUCGCAAGACCAGUCUGGCGGGGAGUACCCUUGGCGUGCAGGAGGAUGAUCCCCCCGAGGAGAGUGUUGCUGGCGAUGACGCUGCCGUAGAAGAGGAAGAAGAGGAGGAGCCUUAUAACGAAUACGAUGAAAACGAAGAUUAUGGAGAAGAGUUCGGCAGCGGAGGUGGCGAGUUUGAAGGUGGAUACGAGGAUGAUGAUAACCCAGAUAUGGACGAGGAGUAUGGUCUCGACGGUGACGAUUAUUAG